AUGUUUUCCUCUUUUAGUCAUUCCUUUGCCCAGAACCGCUCGAGGAACAGUCGUAGCAAAUCAAAUUACACAAACACCGACGAGAGUGCCAUGUUGGCGGGCCUAGUACAGAAGUACCUAUCGCCGACCCUGAUCCAAAAGCUCACGCGUGCGGACCCCUCCACGACUCUGACAUCUUGUAGUUUUGCAAAUUCCGAAGCGGAUAUCGGCCUGCCAGACGUUAGUAUGGCGACUCGUCGCUAUCUGGAACAUCACGACCUCCUUGGUGACCGAAGAGGGCAGCGAAACUACCGCGACGGUGGUGCUGACAGCGGUCGGUUACGGCUGGCUAGCACUCCCGCGUUCUCGGAAGUUGCCCCGGUUGCCGACUUCUCAAACAGCAUCUCCACACUGGUCCCAUCUGCGAUAGACCCCCGCCAAGACCCUGCAUCGAGGUUUGAGUGCGAAAGUAGUCUCGAGGCUUGGUCCGCACUGCGUCCAUCCGAACUUUUCUCUGCCCAACCACCACCC